AUGGCAUAUGACCGAUAUGUUGCUAUAUGUAAUCCUUUACACUAUCACACUAUUUUAAAUAGAAAACACUGUCUUGUAUUGGCAUCUUGCACUUGGAUAACAGGAAGCUUAAAUUCGUUUGUACUUACAAUCCCAGCAUCACACAUGUCCUUCUGUCAGUCUCGCACCAUACACCAGUUUUUCUGCGAUGCUAAAGCUCUGAUUAACAUAUCCUGUGGUGGUAGUGAAGACUUUUAUAUUGCACUCUAUGUUGAAGUAUUGUUAUAUGGAACUUUUCCUAUAAUGUUCUGUUUGACCUCAUAUAUAAAAAUUAUCAGGGUCAUCUUGAAAAUAAAAUCUAAAGAUGGCAGAAAGAAAGCCUUCUCCACCUGCUCAUCCCAUGUGACCAUUGUUAUUAUGUACUAUAUGACAGCUUUAUCUGUGUACAUGAUGCCUCCAUCAGAAUACUCCAAUGUCCUAGAACCGGUAUUUAGUGUAUUGUACUCAGUUGUCACUCCCAUGAUAAACCCUCUGAUCUACAGUCUACGGAACAAAGAUGUGAAAAGUGCUCUACUGAGACUACUGGGUAAAAAAAAGUAUUGA